AACCGGCCGAGUGGGAGCCUCGGGGCUGGGCUGAGCCGCGGUGCGGGGCCUGGCCGCUCGCCUCCGCUUGUGCCGUGUCCCGGCAGGGCUACAGCAGCUCCGGGCAGGGUUAGGCCGUCACCCGCUGACGUUCAGGCUCUGCUCGGUGCCAGCACCAACAAAGCCGUGUCGGUGCCGGGCUGGCUUUGGCCACUUCACACCCACUGCGGUGACACAGCCUCGGUUCACUUGGAGGCUUUUGUAGGGGUGUGGAAGCAAAUCAGCUGAGCUGCAAAACUCUUGGCUGAGCUUGUUUGCUGCUCGACUCAGAGCCCUGAGCAGCAAUACUGACUCUGGGGUUUAAAGCAUUAAUUGUGCUGCCAAGGUGGCACUGCAGCUCCGCUGCCAGCAAGGCAAGGUGCCUUCAGAGUGAGUCCCUACCAGCUGGCUGCUCUGAGCCAGAGAGGUGAAACGAGGGCACUGUGAAGGAGGAAUUUGGAGAGCAUCACGAGCCUUCUGGCCAAGGCUGAUCUCUGCAUCUUGCUGGGAAGAAUGUCGUUGGGGUGAAGGAGCUGGUGCUUGACAACUGCCGUUCAGAUGAUGGGAAGAUCAUUGGGCUCUCUUCAGACUUUGAGAACCUGGAGUUCCUCAGCAUGAUCAACGUGAGCUUGCUGUCUGUGUCCAACCUCCCCAAACUCAACAAACUCCGCAAGCUGGAGCUGAGUGAUAACAGGGUUUCUGGUGGCCUUGAAGUUCUAGCAGAGAGAACUCCUAACCUGACACACUUGAAUCUAAGUGGCAACAAGAUCAAAGACAUCAACACCCUGGAGCCCUUGAAAAAGCUGCCAAACCUCCGCAGUCUGGAUCUCUUCAACUGCGAGGUGACCAUGCUCAUCAACUACCGGGAGAGCGUGUUCACCCUCCUGCCCCAGCUCACCUACCUGGAUGGCUUUGAUGCUGAUGACCAGGAAGCCCCUGACUCAGACCCUGAAGCAGAUGGGGAUGGAGUGGAAGAUGAAUAUGAGAAUGGGGAAGAAGGUGAGGAAGAGGAUGAUAACGAUGAGGAAGAUGAUUUGGAUGAAGAAGUCAUUGAUGAUGAAGAUGAUGAAGAUGAUGAUCUGGAAGGAGAAGAGGAGGAGGAUGGGGUAGAUGAUGAGGAGGAAGAUGAGGAGGAAGAGGGUGAGGAUGAUGAAGAGGAUGAAGCUGAUGAUGACCUCCCACGAGGGGAAAAGAGAAAACGAAAUCUAGAGGAUGAAGGAGAGGAAGAUCCAGAAGAUGAAGAGGAUGAUGAGGAUGACUGAGCCGAGCGAGCCAAUCAGUUUUACAGACUCAUGACUGUGCUUGUCUUAAACCUCCCCGUUGUGUCUAUGUGAGACUGUCCAUCCCCCACCAUCCCACUCCUCUCCCUUCCCCUUUGUAUGGCUGCAGCAUCCACAAUAUAUUUUUUUAAGAUGGUAGAA